AGUUACGCCGGCUCAUGAAUAUUUAUCAUAUUUUGUAUUUUAUCCGGAAAACUCACGUUAUCUGCAUUUUAUUGUUAGCUAUCAUUGUUAGGGUGAUUCCGAAUGGCUGCCUUGUUACAAGUUAAUAAGUGGAAAUUGGCGGUAAUACGAUUCAAUUAGUCAGACGUGUGUAAAGCCUAUUUUCUUUUGGUUUGAAACAUGACAAAUUUAUGGAACUAAUUGUUCCGCGUAUAUAAUUAUGACGUGAAACAUUAAUGCUCGUUAUACAUUCAAAAUUCAUACAGUUUACUUCCAAUUAGUCUCAGGAGUUGGAGAAUACAUUAACGAGGUUGAUCUACGAACGAACUCGUCUAAAAAAACGGAAGAGGAAACCUUCAGUUUCACGGUGACUGAUCGCUCGUCCGAUUGGAUCGAGUUAGUGAUCAAACAGUGAUAGUGUGGUGCCCCGUGAUGUAAUUCGACUUUGUGUACCAAAAGUAGCGGAAAACUGGAGGUCGACACAUAUGACGUGUCAGUUGUCGUCCAGCUGACAACAGAUGUCACCCAGAACGAAGUCGCAAUGUCGGCCGAUGGGUCGACGACUGACAUUAACGCGCUUCUCAACGACACAGAUGCCCCAAAUGAUGCGAAUUACAUGAUAUGCGGCGUCGUGAUUGCCAUGGCCCUUGUAGGGCUCAUUAUAGUGCUGCUGGCCUUAACCAUAAACAAGCUGCGAAAGAGGGAGGAGCACUCUGCUUCAGUGCACCCCGCUGAGGUGCUCCAGGCCGCGCCCGCGCCGCAGCCGGAGCCCCUCGCCUUCCGCCAGCAGCCAUUGUGGCAGUUCCCGCCGCCGCUGCCUCCGCCUUACGUCUAUCCUCACGAUCAGGACAACUUGAUGCAGCCGCACGGCAAUGAACGUGCUAGUUUCCGCAGUCUUCGCAAGAACAUCGGUGGUCGUUGGAAGCGACUAGUGAAAAAGAAGCCUGAACAGGAAGUUUACACGAUCCCGCCCGAGCUAAAGCCGCAACUGAAGCAGAUAUACGUUUACUAGAGCAUGUGAAGCGACAUGUGUCACUUGAACAGCAUUCAGCAGUCAGCAGUGUCAGCAUUGAGGACGCCGAACACUUACGAGCUAUACAGUUAAGGCGUUGACAGCUAGACUCUACGGUUGUAACAGAUUCAUAUCAACUUGAAUAUCAAAAUUAUGCAAACAUCUGCACGGCUCAACAGCCUCUUUAUCUUUAGACAUAUCCUUUCGACCAAUUAAUUCUAAUGACCAAUGUACUAAAACAUUUCUUCAUUCAACACUAUUUUGUGAUUGUAAAGCCUUAGAAAUUGUAUUAUCUUUUAAGUAUUAGAACGCUGAUGUUUGUGAGUGCAGAUCCGUUGCAGAAAUAGUUAGUGUAUGUGUGCGAGCAUGAGUGAUAGUCAAAUGAAUUUAGUUUAAUUAUUAAUUUAAAAUCAUGAAUGAAAACUUAGGAAGAUGCGGUCGCGCAUACUAGUGACGAGAAUCCAAUAAUAAAUGAUAAAUAUGAUGCCUUGUUACAUGUAAUUUUUUUAAUUAGGGCAUUUCGUAGUUCAUUAACUUAUUAUGAUCGUAUUCGUUAGAGGACACCGAUCAAAUAGUUUUGUGAAGCUAUUAUAUUAUACACACUGUAUGUAAUGUGUGAGAGCUUGAUUGUGUAACACCUUAUUGUUCGAUGCAGUAUUUUUAUAUCAUUCAUUUGUGUCGUGAGUGGGACAGAGUUGUACAAUGUGAACUUGUAACGUGACACAGAGGACUAUCUCGAAGAGAAUAUAUUUUCUGAUAUUACUGUAUGUGCGGACCACAUUCGCAACGGACACUGAACAGAUGACUUAGUUAAUGAAUGUUAAGUUACUCGCAUGCUGUGUAGUAUAAUUACAGAUUUUCGCCCGGUCCUUACUGUGAUAAUAAACAAUUGAAAGAAUAAAGAGAUGGUGAAAUAGAAUGAGUUUUGUAUUGCUUUAAUACCUUGUCAAUUAGAUCGAGGAAGGGCCGUUGGACGAGAAUUAUAAUAGCUCAUAUUGAGCCUGAUAUUUUGAUGAAUAAGGUAGCUAGUAGGUACAAUACAGCCAUGAUUAUUUUAUUAUUAUCGUUAAAUUUUAACUGUUGCUGUAGGCGAUUAUCGCGUUACGGCAGUAAUUUUAACAGCGUGAGAAGUUACUAUUUGUUCAGAAAAAGCAAUGUAAUCCUUCGACGAGAUAAAGAAUAAAUUCCAUCAUGAUAGAGA